AUGGCCAUUGCCAAGGGCUGCCAUUUGGUCGGCAGCGUUCCUCUUUCGGACACAGAUGCAGUCUUUCGGCAAUGCAUGGCCGCAUGCCCGGGCCGGUUCAAGCGGAUUCCUGAUGGAGAGACUGGCCAACGGCAUCAAUUCACGACUUUCCAGGCACAGGUCUUCGGUGCCUAUCCGCCUAUGCUGACUGAAUUCAUCCACAAUGCGCCUAUCAACACUCGGGAGUUUACGCCGGAGCAGCUUGAGGAGGGGAUUGAAACGUUGAAGAAGGCCGGUAUUCGAACGGGGUACGAUGAUGCAGCGAUUGAGAGUUAUGCCGUCUUCCGCAAGUUACGCGAUCAAGGUGUAAUCCCAAAGGGCGUGAGGUUCCAAGUAUGUUUGCCAACCGUGGCGAACGUCAUUCUUCCCUUCGUUCAGAGAGCGUUCCUACCGAGCGUUGAGGGUAUUUACGAAGAGGCGUUGUUCCGCGCACUGAGGAGAAUCCAAGACGAGAUUCCGCACCACGAUCUUGCCAUUCAGAUCGAUACCGCUGCUGAUACGGCGUUCUGGGAAGCCACGAACCCGGAGACGGUCAAGGAGAACUCUGGCUUGGCAUGGUUUCAACCAUGGUGGGAGGGCGAUGUGAAACAGUACUACACCAAUUAUCUGCAGCGCUUCAUUGCUCAGGUUGAUCAGGAUGUCGAGUUGGGUAUUCAUAACUGUUAUGGUGACAUGGACCACCGUCAUUGGCACGAACCAGCUUCUCUCGCCGUUGUAGUCGAGCGUGCGCAGUGGUUCAUGAAGUCGUGCGCUCACAAGAUCAACUUCUUCCACUGCCCGGUCCCCAAGAGUGCUGAGGGACACAUCGACGCCUAUCUCGCACCACUCAAAGAUCUGGUACCACUGCUCGAGGAACAUGGCACGGAAUUGUACCUCGGAGUCAUCCACGAGAACAAGCCAGAGCUCACGAAGAAGUACGUCGAAGCUGCUCAGAAAGUCGUGCCUGAAUUCGGAGUUGCAACCGAGUGUGGCGGGGGACGAAUGGAAUGGCCAGACUUUGAAGAUACGUUGAGACUUGCGGCUCAAGUAUCACAGCCCGUCAUCGCCGUCGAGAAAGAGAGAGAUGUGGUUCCAGGUGCUGAAGCUGAGAGGGUCACUAACGGACAUGUGUUUGGCCAGGGUACUGCGGUGACAGUAUGA